UUAUGGCGAUUGUUAUGCAUGGUGAAGCUGACAAGUUGUGGGACAAUGACCAAUUAAUAGGGACAGUGCAAUUAGAAUCAACAGUGACAAAUUGUGGCACAAGUGAGGAUGGAAGACUGCCUGCUUUGGGGGAAAAUCCGAUGCCUUUUGUGAGAAACAUCCUUGAAUUGAUAAAGUGA